AUGUUACUGAGUGUUUAUAAUUAUAUAUUCACUCGACUGCAAUCAUUAGAAGCUCCCAAGAAUCAAAUUAGGUCUUAUUCAACUAAUAAUCCAAAUCUUAAUAAGGAUGUAACUAAUGGAUUUCAUCCACGUUUACAAACGAUUUUCCAACAAUUGGAUUCAAUUGCUCCAAGAUUUGUAUUGAAUAAAGGUGAUAUAACAAUUUUGAAUAGUCCAAGUGAUUUUUAUAAUACUUUAAAAUCAAAGAUUUUAAAAGCAAAUCAUCGUAUCUUUUUAAGUUCUUUAUAUAUUGGUAAAGCUCAACAUGAACUAGUUCAAUGUUUAGAUGACGCUUUAACAGAAAAACAAGAUUUAAAAGUUUAUAUAUUAACCGAUGCUUUAAGAGGCACAAGGGAAGCUCCCAAUAAUCCGUGUCUGGCAAGUUUAUUAGUUCCCUUGGUGGAAAAAUUCGGUAAACAUCGUAUUGAUAUUAGAAUGUACCAUACUCCUCAUUUAAGUGGUUUCAAGAAAAAUUGGACUCCUAAGAGAGUUAAUGAAUCGUGGGGGUUACAACAUAUGAAACUUUACGGUUUUGAUGAUGAAAUUUUAUUAACCGGGGCUAAUUUAUCAGAAGAUUAUUUCACUGAUCGUCAAGAUCGUUAUUACAUUUUCCGUAGUGAAAAAUUAACUGAUUAUUAUUUCAAAAUUCAUGAAGCUAUUUCCUUAUUAUCUUAUCAAUUAUUAACUUCAACAAAAUCAAAAUCAGGUUUCAGAUUAUCUUGGCCAACUUCAAAUAAAUCUUGUGAACCUGAUAUUAACUUACAAAGAUUUAUAAGUGAUUCCUCUUUUCUUUUAGAACCUUUAGUUAAACAACAUGAAUUAUCUCGUUUUGAACUGUUUGAUGAUACAAAUGAAUUUGAUACCAUUGUUUAUCCAGUUUCUCAAUUUACUCCUUUAAUGUUACCAGAAAAUGAUUUAUCAACAGAAAAACCUUCAAUUCUUCGAUUAUUAUCUUAUUUGGAUUCUCCUAAAAUUAAAUGGUGGUUCACCGCUGGUUAUUUUAAUAUGUUACCUCAAAUCCAAGAAAAAUUAGUUAAUGGUCAUGCUGAAGGUACGGUGAUUACUGCUAGUGCUCAAGCAAAUUCUUUUUAUAAAUCUCCUGGUGUUUCUUAUUAUAUUCCUGAAGCUUAUCUUUUAAUUGCUAAAAAAUUCUUAGAAGAUAUUAAAUUAAAAGGUAAGGAAAAUUUAAUUAAAUUAUACGAAUGGAAAAAUGGUAUCGUUAAUACUAUUGGUGGUUGGUCUUAUCAUGCUAAAGGUUUAUGGAUUACUGUUCCUGAAGAAGAAGAACCUUCAAUAACUGUUAUUGGUUCUUCAAAUUAUACCAAACGUGCUUAUUCUUUAGAUUUAGAAAGUAAUGCAGUUAUAAUCACUAAAGAUGAUUUUUUGAAAAAACAAAUGAAAUCAGAAAUUAACAACUUAAUGAAAUAUGCUCAUCCUUUACAAUUAUCCGAUUUUGAACCAAAAUUAAAAUUAAAUCCUGCAAUAACUCAAACCACAGCUAGUUUAAUCGAAAAUAAUGGUAAUUCAAAUGAAACCAGAGAUGAUCAACCUCAAGUUAAUGAAACUUUAGAAAUUGAUGAAAAUAGAAGAAUUAGUUAUAUUGUGCAUGUUGCCGUAAAACUUUUUGGUGGUAAAUUAUAA